UAUUUAUUUAUUUGUAUGCAACUUCCCCUUCCCUUCUCAACUGUCUCUCCGUGUUCAACUCGCGUUUUAGCAGACAAAGGAGACAAAUCAAAACAAAGCUUAGUAUAUAUUUAGUGAGAGAGAAAGAGAGAGAGAGAGGAGAGAGAGAGAGAGGGAGAGAGAGAAAACUACCAUACAGAGAUAAGGAGAAAAAAUAAAGAAAAGUACAACCCCCUCCCCAUACCCCAGUUUUCAACAGCCUUCCCUUUUUGUGAUUUCAAUUUCAAUUUCAAUUUCAAUUCCAAUAAUUCAAUUUCAAAAUUACUUUUCCCACUGCCACUGUUAAAGAUCGAUAAUUAUCCUCAGAUACCAUCAAUUUUGGCAUCUGGGUUUUUCCCUCCUGUGGAUCUUGAGCGGAAUUCUCGAGAAAAGGUGAAUUCUUGGUUUGAAUUUGAAUAAAAAAGAAAAAGAAAAAAAGAAAAAGAAAAAAAAAAAGAUUAUUACAAGAAGGAUGAUGGAUGCUUGUUCUGGAAAAAGUUUGGUAUUGAUGUAAUAUGGCACUGCUGUUAUUUUGGCUAUCAAAUAAAUAGAAGAUGUCUUUUUACAUUCGCCGCGAGGCUUCAAAGUCAUGGAAGAGAUUUUGUGCGGAAACCACAACAGAACUCAACCUACUUGCAGAAAAUUGGAAGUAUAUUUUAGGAGGUCUCAUUUGUCAGUACAUUCAUGGGUUAGCAGCUAGAGGAAUUCAUUAUUUUCAUCGGCCAGGACCAACACUUCAAGAUGCCGGCUUCUUUCUUCUUCCGGAACUCGGACAAGAAAGAGCUUACAUUAGCGAAACUGUGUUUACCUUCAUUUUCGUGUCUUUCGUCUUGUGGACUUUCCAUCCUUUCAUACUGAAGAGCAAAAAAAUUUACACAGUCCUAAUAUGGUGCAGGGCUUUGGCUUUCUUAGUCGCUUGUCAAAUUCUUCGGGUCAUAACUUUCUACUCUACCCAACUCCCCGGUCCAAACUACCAUUGUCGAGAGGGUUCAAAGCUUGCAACGCUGCCUCGUCCCGAAAGUAUUCUAGAAGUUCUAUUGAUAGUUCCAAGGGGGAUGCUUUACGGCUGUGGUGACUUGAUAUUUUCGUCUCACAUGAUAUUCUCUCUUGUCUUCGUUCGGACAUAUCAUAAAUAUGGCACACGAACUUUCGUGAAGCAGUGUGCUUGGUUAACUGUCGUGAUUCAAAGCUUGCUGAUCGUGGCAUCGCGUAAGCACUACACUGUCGAUGUGGUCGUGGCAUGGUACACCGUUAAUUUGGUUGUGUUCUUUCUCGACAAAAAGUUGCCAGAACUUCCGGAUCGUUCUAAUGGAUCCGCGACAUUGUUCCUCCCGAUAACAAAGGAUAACAAGACUAAGGAAGAGAAUCACAAACUCAUCAAUGGGAAUUCCGGAGAUUCUGCUGACUGGAGGCCAAGAACUCAAAUCAAUGGGAAGAUUAUGGAAGAAGGAAAUGUUGUGCAUGUUGAAGCUGUAAUCAAUGGUGUGUAAAGUAAAAGUUGCUGAUCAAAAAACGUGUUUUACUUUCAACAGUUUCUUAAAUGCGACUUUGUAAUGAAAAGAUGGCUUUUUACAGCUUGUGGGGGGGUGGGGUUGUAUGUGGUCGGUAACAGCAUAUUGUAUAAUGGAAUUCUUUAUUUUUCUAAUUUAAUGAUUAUCUCCCACUUAUUAU